AUGCGUAAAAAGAGUAAAAAUCUGAACAACAGCGAUGAUGAGUGCAAUAGGCAGGAGAAAAAAUAUGAUGAAGAUGUUUCAUUUUGUGAAAUGCUCAUCUCGAUGUUAAAUCUAUUAAUAGACCAGAAACACUAUGCCAAAAUUGAAAUCCUGAAUGCACUUAACACAGCAACAAAAUAUUCACCACUAAUACAAAAUGUUAUGCCACCUAGAUUUCGUCAGUCGUCAUCAUCGCAUUCAUCAUACAAUCCGAACAUGACAUCACCGUAUCCAAAUACGCCAUCACCCUAUCCUAUAUAUGAUAAAUCUCCGCCUGAUCCGUCUCCUCAAACUCAGUACACACCAUCUCGUAAUCCAUCUAUCAUCCCUCAAUCUCCGCCUGAUCAGUCUCCUCAAACUCAGUACACAAUAUCUCGUAAUCCAUCUAUUAUUCCUCAAUCUCAGCCUGAUCCGUCUCCUCAAACUCAGUACACACCAUCUCGUAAUCCAUCUAACAUUUCUCAAUCUCAUACACAAUCAAAUACAAAAAAUUAUAGAAUAAUUGCUGGCUCCAUUAGGAGGAUAUAA